CAAGUAAAAGAACCGACUGGACCGAGGAUCAUCAUCAAGAAUCAUCAUCUAGAAUGCCCGCGUUUGCAGUGCUCAUUUCAUAUCUGGUGAGAUGUCACUGGACCACGAGAGUCCUGAUUUUGUGCCCUCUAUUUUUUCAUACACUAAACAAAACCAAAACCCCGAUGCAAAGAUCAAAAGCUGUUCUCUUUUCUGCUAAAGCUGAAGAGGACAUCCCAGUCACGAGGACAGAAUACAAUGACCUGAACCUGAGGUACACCGAGCUGAAGAGUGACCACGUCAACCUGCAGGAAAAGUAUCAACAGCUGCGAGAUGAAAAUGAGAGACUUAAAGAGGAGCUGAAGAGGAAGUGUAAAAAUAUUCAGCAAGAAGCUCUCUCUACUGGAUCAUCUUUUGAUAGUGUUAAUGAAAUUAAGGUUGCAGCUCAUGGUGCCACCCUUCGCAUUCCAGCUUUCACCAAAGGCAAACGGCAACUUUCUGCACAGGAGGUCGACACAUCAAGACAACUGUCACGUGUCAGGAUACAUGGCGAACGUGUUAUAGGGAGAUGGAAGAACUUCAGAAUUUUGCAGACAAGAAUUCCACUGUCACAGGCUGACCUUCAGAUGAUUGUUAUUGUGUGUGCUAGUCUCACAAACCUUAGCAAAAGUGUUGUUCCGAAAAAAUCUAAGAAAUAAGGGUUCUGAAUAAUAACAUCAAGUCUUAACAUUUUUUUAUUUUCUCAUCAGUGAUUUGGAGCUGUGACUAUGAAUUGAAUAUCAGCCAUUAAUGAUUUA